AAGUCAAAUGGAAAAACGAUGUAUUAAAUAAUUCAUAAUAAAUUAAAUGCCUAAGCAUUGGCUGUCAUUAUAACCAACUAAUGCAGUGCAAAUACGUUCAAGGCAAAAGAACUGUGUACCAAAGAAAUACAACACGCAAAGAAAAAAAAAUCGUAGCAAGAGAAUUUCCUGAGCUAAAGAUGUGUCUAUACUACGGGAAUGAAUGAAUGUGAAAUGUGUGUGUAUAUGUAGAUGUGGGCGAAGGCGAAUAGUGCAUGUGUAUGUGUGUGCGAGUAUUGAAACAAUCAAUAAAGGAUGUGUGCUUGAAGCUAAAGUGCGCUAAGGAAUUUAUUUCUUUCGAUAAAACAAACAGUUUAAAUUAAUAAAACAAAAACCAACAACAACAACAAUGCAGUGGCCAAAUAACGGUUAAUGCUAAAUAACUCAAAAAGCAAAACAAAAACAAGCUAAAUAAGAGAGACUUGGAAAUUAACUAUUUACGCAAACACACACACACGCAUACAAACAAAUAUAAAGAGAGAGAGUGCUUGCUCGCUCUUUAAGCGUAAACAUGAAGCACUACGUCAUGCUGCUGCUGCUGCAGCUGCUAUUGCUGCAGUUGCUCCAACCAGCACCACGCGUUGACUGCGUCGAAGUGCACUUUGAGGCACCGGACAGCGGUUUCUUUUUGAAGCAUGCACGUCAACCACCUGUCACACCGGAAAUCGUGGCCAAUAUAGCCACCACCUCAUCCUCCUCCCUGCCAGCGCCACCCAAGGCACGCAACUAUGACUCGGUGCUGUCACUGGAUCGCUUUACCGUCGUCGAGACCACGCAGCCCGUGUCCAUACGCGCCAGCUAUGGACCCUUCUCCACCAAGCAAACUGUGCCUGCUCGUUAUAUAGUACCCGACAUGGAGGGCAAUCCAGCAAGCGGCGGCGACUAUGUGAAUAACUCUACGGCUACGUUGCUGGAGCUGCAGCAGCCGAAUAUGCAUUUGGAUAUCUCAGCGCACUUGGUGCGUUCCGUUGUCUCACAGGACUCACCGGUACUGCGUGUGCUCUUUCAUGCUGGCGCAGAUCCUGGCGGACAUCUGCAGCGCCAGAAGGUGUGUGUGCUGCUGCAUGUAGCCAUGGCUAAUGAGCAGCCGCUAAAGGGACGCUGCAUGCCCGAGGGUGAAGAUGGUGUCUGUGUGGCUGAGGUGGUCGUACCGUUGAGCUGGUGGCCACUGCUGCAGGCACCACGUCAUAGUCGCGAUGGCAGCAAUCCGACGGCUGCCAGCUUGCCACCCAAGGUGCCACAACGUUACGCGCAGGUGUCCUAUAGCGUCUUUGAGCCACCGCUGCGUAAUCCGGAGCAAUGUGAGCCCAAGGUGCAGAUACAACCGCUGACGAUCUUUGCGCAGGUGCCGCUCAUGCCGGCCAAGACCGCGUUCAAGGAGCUGCGCGCAGAUGAUUCCGUGACCUUUUUGCUGCCCAUGUAUCCAUUGUAUCCCAUGUCUAAGCUGCAUGUGCCCGUCUUUUUGCAUCAAUAUGCGGAUCAGGAGCAACGCAUUGCCAGCUUUACGGUCCGUGCACGCGUCAAGGCCGGACUGCGCAUCUUGGGCGCCAGCGUAAGCAGCGAUCAAUGGACCAUUAGCAUUGAGAAGGAGAAUCCCAAGCAUACCACAGCGCGUGUCACCGCCUUUCGCAAGGAGUCCGAGUCGGCAGCCAGCAGCAGCAGCGCCUCCAGCAGCAUGGAGUCGCGCCUCAAUCUGACCAAUGAAGUCUACGAGGUCUUCUCCUGGCUGCUCGAGGUUGCCGACGAUACCAGCGACAUUAUGGAUGGCGGCAAAAUUGUUUGGUCCGUUACCCACGUCUAUGAUACGCCCAAGGAUAAGGACUCAGUCGAGCAGUUCGCUGCAGAGGAUACAAAGAAGCGUUUGAUAGCCAAACUGGAGAUUAACAAGGACGACAUACAAGCUGUGCUGCCCAUGGCCAAAAUCUGGGAAGUCAUGAAUACGGCCGUACUCACCGGACGCCAAGUGGCCCAAGCCAUGAAAGUCUUUAUUGUCUCCCAAGCGGGCAAAGUGGCCGAUGUCACCUUGCAGAGCUCCUGUCAUGCCGAGGACGAGAGCGUCAUCAAGGUUUCCUCCUCCUGCAGUUCGGUCUAUGUCGAUGGCUCGGAGCAGCGCGGCUCUUCGAAUGCUUCGAUUAUUGUCAAAUAUGGCACCUAUGUAGGCUUGGCUAAAUUUAUUGUCUGGAUGCCCGAAUUCCCACUUGAGGUUUACAUUUCCGAUUUUCGCUUGUCCCAAAUUAAAGGCUGGAAGGUCAACGAUGACAACCAUUACAUGCACAAUAAGCAAUCACGUCGUCGCAAGAAGCGCUCCUAUGUUUGGGGACAGCAUGGCACCAACUACUACAACAAUGUGGGCUCGGAGAAGAGCAUCUGUCGCGCACGCUACCAACAAAGUCCAGUGGAAGUGUAUGCCAAGUUCUUGGCCAUAGAUCAAAACUCUGGACGCAUAAGCUACUUUAUCUCCAGACGCACCGGCUUAAGAGUGACGGACUUGGUGCAGCCGCUGCUGCGUGUGGCAGACCCCAAGAUCGCUGCGUUGAAGGGACGCAUACUGCAGGGCAAGUCCAUGGGACGCACCGAUGUACAGGUGCUGUCGCCCAUAACUGGACGUGUUAUUGGCACCAAGGAGAUACGCGUGGGCAGCGACAAGGUAAAUCUUUCGAAGCUUAUUGUGCGUGUUAUCUCGGGACUGCAGUUGACCAUCACACCGGAUGCUGCCAUAGAGAAUGGCUAUCUGGCAGAGACUUCAGUGACGCAUAAGCUCACCGCACAGUAUCAGGAGGGUUUGCUUGAUAUCGAUUUGGAAUUCUCGGAUGGCUCCAAGACGCCGCUGCGUGAUAUUGCUGUAGAGGAUUACUUUUUGCUGGUUGAGAGUCUGGAUACGGAGGUGGUAGCUUUUGCGCCUAUGUUAGCCUCACAUCAUCCUCGUGUCAUUGCCGUGGGCGAGGGCAAUGGCAAUCUCUUGCGCGUCACUUUGCUGCUGUCGGAGGAAUGUCGUCAACGUCGCAACGCUGCUGCCAUCAGCUCCAGCUCCUCUGGCAGCUCCUCCUCCAAUUCGAAGCAAGGCAAAGGCAAUGCAGCGCCCUUGGCCAGCGCUCUGGCUUCUAUUGAGGUGGACUUUAAUAAUUUGGAAUUGGUGAGCAAGCAGGAGGCCAUUCAAAACGAUGGCACCGUGGGACGUGAGCGCAAGAAUUAUCGCAAUAGCGGCGACUUGGCUGACAUUAUUGUGGGCAUACCUUUGCGUGAUUCCAGUCAAAACUAUGAGCCGACUAUGCAGGCGCGUCAGCAUCGCGGUCAAGGAGUUCAAGCCGUUCAGAAGGGACAUUUUGGCCCCAAUCGUGGCAUUGCUGUCGGCAACAUGUCCUCCAUGGAGCUGGGCAUGUAUGUGCUGCUCACCGCCUUUUGCUUUGCCAUCAUUGUGUUUGUCAUCUCGUGCGUGGUAUAUGCCUCUAAAUUCCGGCCGGCUAUGAUUGAGUCUGGACUGGAUCCGCUGUCGGGGGCCGGCAAGGGAUCUGGCAAUGGCAGUGGCGGUUUUCGUGAUGUGCGCUUAAAGGAGUCGACAACCAAUGCACAUGACUGGGUCUGGCUGGGACGUUCUACCAUUGACAGACAGUCCGUAGCCAUACCGGAGACGAAUAAUGUGCCAGCACAGCAGUCGAAUCCAGUUCGUGAUUCCCGCAUGCGCAUUACAAGCAAUCCCAUUAUUAACUAUGAUAACGGUCGUCGCGUUAGCUCCUUUGAUCAACCGCAACCCAAGCUGCAAACUCAUAUAGUGCCCGCCUCCAAUCUGAACAAGCUGCAUGCCAACAACUAUUUGACCAAUGAGCGCAAGGACAAUGCUUUGGACUAUAAGCCACCAGUUCCACCACAUCGCAAUGUAGGCACACGCGUCAUGUUGCCACCACAGCUACCAGCAACAGCUCCAAACAAGGAUAAUAGACGUCAUAGUCAGCACUAUAAGCGUGACCAAUUGCACAACGAUAACAACAAUAUUGUUUCACAGCAGCAACAACAAUCACCACAGCAACAACAACAAUCACCUCGCCAGCAACAGCAGCAACAACAACAUCAUCAUCAUCAUCCAGAGCGUCAACAUCAGCGCAGUCACAGUCAUAGCCAUAACUUUAUACAGGAGCCAUCGGUGCGUUCAGUGCACAUGAAAAUGAAGCAGCAACACUUGCAGCAGCAGCAGCAACUACAACAGCAACAACAACAGCAGCAGCAGCAGCAACAACAUGAAGAACUGCACAAUGCAGAGAAGCUGGUAGAGUAUACCAAUCCGCAUCAAAAGAAUGCAUUUCAAUUCGAUUCGCUGACACCAAAGAGAGUAACCAAAGCAACAGCAGCCGCUGCAGGUGCAGCAGCAAUAGCAUCAGCAGCAUCAACAUCUGCUGCUGCUAAUGUUCUGCCGCUAGCACCAGCUUCGCCAGCUAUAACGCAAAUAAAAGAAGAUCCACACAUAUUGAGCAGUGUUGAAGAUGCAGCCAAUUCGAAUGCCACCGAUGAGAUUGUGCGGCUGCCUUCACCGCCAGCCAUAAGCAGUGAGCCGACAACAAAAUCAUCGCGUGUCAAGCGCGCCACAGUUGUCGGCAAUCCCAUGUUUUCAACCACUGUGGAUGAUAAUAUGGCGCCUGGCGAGCGUCUAGGACUAGAUGAUCUGGAUAUGGAUUACGAGCAGAUCAUGCACUACUUUGAUAACCUAAAGGAAUCAAAUGCCUGAGUGCAAGAGAUUAUUGCUAAAAUUCGCGAGAUAUUGUCAACAUUUCAACAACGAUAUCAGAAUGUUGUUACACCCCUAUCAACGCCCACACGUAAGCAAAUACAAAUGCUGGACGAAUUAGUCGCAGUUGGUGUCGAAGUUGGAUUUGGAAAUGGAAAUGGCCAGGCCUAAAGCCAGAUUUUCCAAAAUGGGUAAAUUUUUACACACACUUACACACACAAAUACACACACACACACACAAAUAUACAACUAAGCGCAAUUCUAGCAA